AUGAAACCACCCGAGUUCCGAGGAACUCAAGACCCUGUUGAAGCUCAAUCCUGGCUUAAGGAGAUGGAGAAGGCUUUCAUACUAGCUGUUGUAACCGAUGAGAAGAAAGUUGAGUAUGCCUCUUAUUUUCUGAAAGGUGAAGCAAACUAUUUGUGGGAGUCAGCCCGUGCUUUGGAAGAAGUGGUCCAGAAGGCAAUGGUGAUUGAAGGAGAAAGUGAUCAGAAUCAGAAGGAGAAGGACAGCAAGAAAAGGAAGUUUGUGAGUAAAGGUGAAGGUUCGGCUCAAGGGAGCCAAAGUGGGAAGAAUUUCAAGAAAUUUGGAUUUCAGAAUCAAGGAGGUCCCCGAGGUUUUAAGAAGAGUGAUAAUAGGAACCCAAAGAAGAUUCAAGGACCGAGUAAUCAAAAUAGUCAACAAGAAACUUCAGAAUGCAAGUUCUGCAACAAGAAACACGCGGGAAAUUGUAAUAAAGCUGAUAUCGUCUGUUUCAAAUGCAACUUGGACGGUCAUUAUUCGAACAAGUGUCAAAGCCCGAAGCCUUCUGUUACAUGUUUCAAGUGUGGGAAGACCGGUCACAUGUCAAGAUCUUGUAAAGCUUUUGGAACCAGCAAGUUGAUGCAGUUGGCAGCUACCCCUUAUAAUCAAGGAAUGACAUCUUCUGUUCCGAUUCUGCAGCUACCUUCCACUCAAGUUUUGAGUCUACAACUCUUGUUUUCCAUCCCUCUUUUCCGGCUCAAGCAAGGACAUUCAACAUGA